GCAGCUUCUUUUAGAUGCAUCGAUUCUUCGGCUCCCCUCCUGCCUGGUGGUUUGGAAGAGACUGCGGAAGAGAGGAAGCGAAGCCGCCUUCGAGAGUAGAGCGUGAAUCCUAACCCUAACCACCUCUCCGGAAAAAAGGAAUCGAGGAUGAGCGGGAGCGGGACGAAGAAGGUGGUGGAGGCGGCAGCGAAGGCCACCAAGUCGAUCGAUUGGGAGGGCAUGGCGAAGCUCCUCGUCUCCGAGGAGGCCCGCAAGGAGUUCGCCAACCUCCGGCGCGCCUUCGACGAGGUCAACCACGACCUUCAGACCAAGUUCAGCCAGGAACCUGAACCCAUUGACUGGGAAUAUUAUAGAAAAGGAAUUGGGUCUCGCUUGGUGGAUAUGUAUAAAGAAGCUUAUGACGGCAUAGAGAUCCCCAAGUAUGUUGACACUGUGACUCCAGAAUAUAAGCCCAAGUUUGAUGCUUUGUUGGUGGAGUUGAAAGGAGCCGAACAGCAAUCUCUGAAGGAGUCAGAAAGGUUGGAGAAGGAAAUUGCUGAGGUUCAAGAGAUGAAGAAGAAGAUUAGCACCAUGACAGCAGACGAGUAUUUUGAGAAGCACCCUGAGCUCAAGAAGAGGUUUGAUGACGAAAUCCGUAAUGACAACUGGGGAUACUGAACAUCAAAAAAGAGUUCAAAGAUCAUUUAGCAGUUAAAUGAAUGCUUUUCUUAUGAUUUCCAAUUAAAUAAUAUGGUUUUUCCUUGUAUCUGGAAUGCUACCAAUAUUUGCUGGUGGUUUAUUAAAUUUAUCAUUGUUUAAGAGUUGGAACUUAGCAUUAUCAUUUAUUCACACCUGUCUCUGUUCUGAGAGAACUUAUUUUCGCUUCUGAAUGCGGGCCAACUUUCCUCUUCCA